AUGGUAGGCUCCGUAGUUGGAUUGUCCUGUGUACCUUAUCAACAAAGCGAAAUCCUGGUCAUGAUGAACAUUGACCACAAACAUAUUCGUUAUCCACAUUGCAUUGUAUGGACUCCGAUCCCACUCUUGACAUGGUUCUGUCCACUCCUGGGACACAUGGGCAUUGCCUAUUCAUCGGGAGUUAUUAGGGACUUUUCAUCAUCAUACACGGUUUCGGUAGACGAUUUUGCAUUUGGAAAGCCCACAAAGUACUGGCAACUAACCCCAAAUAAGGUCCACGGCGGACAGGACGCAUGGGACGGAGCAAUCGACGAUGCUUCGAAUAUUUAUAGCAAGAGACGGCACAACAUAUGUUGCGACAACUGCCACUCGCACGUGGCGACUGCCCUGAAUAUAAUGAAAUAUGAUAACUCAAAUAACUGGAACAUGGUAAAGUUAGCAUUCUUCAUGAUCCCAUAUUCUAAAUAUGUCAGUUGUUGGGCAUUUGUGAAGACAUGGCUUCCAUUCGUCUUAGCAGUGGUGAUGAUAAUUGUAGGCUGGUAUAUUUCAACUAAGACCAACUUGAUACAAUAACAUAAUAUAACAUAAAUACAUAAAUUUGUAAAUCGUCCUUCAGGACCUCAAUUUUCGGUUUAGAACUUAUCGUCUUCAACCGUAAUC